UAAAUAAAUAAAUAGAAAUAGAAAUAGAAAUUGAAAUUGAAUUCAAGAUUCUACAACCAAAACUAGGGUCUGGGUUUUUUGGUAUUGCCACUUGUAUUCCAAUCUGCUUGAGUUCAAGAAACAGGGGAACUACAACUUGUAAGCUUAUUAACAAAUUAACCAAUCAAAUUACAGACAUGAUUUCUAUUUUCCAGUAUAAAUACUAUAACCCAAAAGGGUUUAAUCAUCUCAUCAAACAAUUAGAUAAAAAUCAAAUCUUUAUACUCUUUUUUAAUUUAAUCUCUACUACUACUACUACAAGAUGUCAAGCACUGCUGGCAAAGUCAUCAAAUGCAAAGCUGCUGUAGCAUGGGAGGCGGGGAAGCCGCUGGUGAUAGAGGAGGUGGAGGUGGCGCCGCCGCAGAAGAUGGAGGUUCGCCUGAAAAUCCUCUUCACCUCCCUUUGCCACACUGAUGUUUACUUUUGGGAAGCCAAGGCCCAAGAUUCCGUCUUUCCUCGAAUUCUCGGUCACGAAGCAGCAGGGAUUGUGGAGAGUGUAGGAGAAGGUGUGACGGAACUCGUUCCGGGCGAUCACGUACUCCCCGUUUUCACCGGAGAAUGUGGAGACUGUGCUCACUGCAAAUCAGAAGAGAGUAAUAUGUGUACUCUUUUGAGGAUCAAUGUCGAAAGGGGAGUGAUGAUUAAUGAUGGGAAAUCGAGGUUUUCGAUUAACGGGAAGCCGAUUUAUCACUUUGUUGGCACUUCAACUUUUAGCGAAUACACUGUGGCUCAUGUUGGCUGUGUAGCCAAAAUCAACCCCCUUGCCCCCCUUGACAAAGUUUGUGUUCUCAGCUGUGGAAUCUCCACAGGGCUUGGUGCCACAUUGAAUGUUGCAAAACCGAAAAAGGGAUCUUCUGUUGCGAUUUUCGGACUUGGAGCUGUUGGGCUUGCUGCUGCAGAAGGAGCAAGAUUGGCUGGUGCUUCAAGAAUCAUCGGUGUGGAUUUGAACUCCGGCAGAUUUGAAGAAGCUAAAAAAUUCGGAGUGACUGAAUUUGUGAACCCAAAAGACCACGACGAACCUGUUCAAAAUGUGAUAGCUAAGAUGACUGACGGAGGAGUGGAUCGAAGCGUGGAAUGUACUGGAAACAUCGGUGCUAUGAUCUCUGCAUUUGAAUGUGUUCAUGAUGGGUGGGGUGUGGCUGUUCUUGUGGGGGUCCCACAUAAAGACGCGGUAUUCAAGACUCAUCCGAUGAACGUGCUGAACGAGAGGACUCUAAAGGGCACUUUCUUCGGUAACUAUAAGCCCCGUUCGGAUCUUCCAGCAGUUGUGGAAAUGUAUAUGAACAAGGAGUUGGAAGUGGGCAAGUUUAUAACGCACGAGGUGCCGUUUGCGGAGAUAAACAAGGCUUUCGAGCUGAUGCUGAAAGGCGAAGGCCUUCGUUGCAUUAUCAGGAUGGAGUAAAAAAAAGAUCUCAAGGAUGAUAGACACAUAUCUACCCACGUUAUUGUUUUAAGAAAUGUGUUCUUAUUGUGUGUGUGUUUUUUUCGAUAUGUUUUCUGCAUUUGUUUUUCACCUAGACAUGUGUUUCUGCAUUUGUUUUUCAGCUUGUAUUACAGUUUGACAUCCCAAGUUUAAUAAAAGAAUGUGUGUUUUGUUUGUUAACUUUA